AUGUCUACAGAAGUAGCAACGGCUACUGCGCCAAGCCUACCCACAACUGUCCCAGCACAGGGCAUGCGCAAGAAUGGCAAGCAAUGGCACGAACCAAAGUCUGCAUUCCGGCCUAAAGCAGGCAAUGGUACAUAUGAGAAACGUCAAGAAGAGCGGAAGUUCAUGGCUGCUGUAAAGGCCAAGGAGAAGGAGAUGAAGGAGGAGAAGGAGACUGAGAGACAGAGGAGGAUCACGGCGCUUAAAGAGAAACGUGCGGUCAAAGAGGAGAAAGCUAGAUACGAGAAGCUGGCCGAGACGAUGCACAAGAAACGGGUUGAAAGGCUGAAGAGGAAGGAGAAGAGGAAUAAGAUGUUGAAGUCUUGA